CACAAUGCUAGCAUCUGUGCUCGGCUUCUUCCCCCUCCUCCUUUUCCUCAGCCCGAGUCUUGCUGAUGAUACAGUGGCUGAAGACAUCGGCCCUCACCAGCUGGAGCGUCUGGUGGAGCUGCUGACGGUUCGAGAGUGUGAAGACCUCAUCUUCGCUUUAUCUCAACCCGAAGAGAGCAUCUUCAAACACCUGGACCGACUGUCAGCAGAAAGAAACCAGCUAUUUCCAUCAAGACGACGCAGAAGCACGAACCAGCAGCCCCCCUGUCAUUCAGCACUAAAGGACUGGCUUCAGAUUCACGGCAAGCAGAUAUACUAUGACAAGCUGUCUCGAGCACUUCAACAGAUCGGCAGGACUGACAUCGCCAUAGAAGUGGGUAAAAACAUCAACCAGGACAAAACUCUUGCUAUUCAGAGAUAUGUGGAAGGAUAUCACGAACUUGUUAACCAAAUGGCCACUAAUACAGAAACGCAUCAACCAGAAGACCUGCAAUUCACUGCAAAAAAGGCCAAACCUUUCACCUGGAAAGAUGUGGACCUGGUAGUGAUAAGACAACCUGCACCACCUUACCAGCACCACCUGCUAGACAGAGCAUGGCCUCUAAUUUUCGGCCUCCUGCUUGGAUUUGUCGGUGCGCUGCUCAUGAGUGUGCCCAUCUUGCUUAUUAGCAUAUAUGUAUCCCAUCGCAACAGUACCAAAUCCAAGGCCAAGCAUCAACCCCGUCCCUGUCCCCUCCUCAGCGUUGUGACAUCAUCACAGAUACGCUGCCAAGAGGACACAGGGUAAUGGAUGUUCAGGACAAUAAUGAAGCCAUGAUCAUCAGUAUGAAGCGCAAUAUUAAAUUUGCCUUUGAUGGCUG